GUUGUUUGCCAACCGCCACUAAACAGCAGAAGAAGAACAGACACGAACUGUCACUGGAGAAGAGAAAGAAAAUGUCUUCGGUGCCCGACGGCAAGAAGCUGGUCCGCAGCCCGAGCGGCCUCCGAAUGGUGGCCGAGAACGGCGCCUUCAACAGUCCCUUCUGCCUCGACGAACCCAGAUGGGUGCCUGACAAGGAUUGUCCCCGAUGUAUGCAGUGUGACACCAAGUUCGACUUCAUCAAGCGCCGGCACCACUGUCGGCGUUGCGGCCGCUGCUUCUGCGACAAGUGCUGCAGCAGGAAGGUGGCUCUGCCGCGCAUGAGCUUCGUGGACCCAGUCAGGCAGUGCGCCCAGUGCUGCCUGCAGUCACACAAGGAGGGCGACUUCUACGAAAAGCAGAUUAAAGUCCUGCUCGCAGGAGGUACCUUCAUGGUCACCCUGGGAUCGUCAGACAAGUGCGAAACCAUGACCUGCCGCCUUUCUAACAAUCACAGGUACCUGUUCCUGGAUGGCGAAAGCCACUUCGAAGUGGAGUUGUCUCGCAUCACCAGCAUGCAAAUCCUGACUGACGCAACAAGUCCAGGAGAGAAUGACGUUGACACUUACACCAGCCUGCUGGAUGGCGAUUACGCCUGCGAAGCCACAUCACCGCGCCCCAGCGGCAUGCUUGUCCACUACAAACCGGCAGGCUCGCAGGAAGCGCAGCAGCUGCGAUUGGACGCCACCAAUAACGACGACAAGAAGACGCCCGCCUCGUGGCUGGCGGCCAUGCACAAGGCGGCCAAGCUGCUGCACGAGUCCCGGGACCACCAGUGAGCGUUCAGCACCGGACCACCCGGUCCACAUCGGAAUCCCGCUGCCAAAAGAAGCUUUCCUCAAAAGUCGCCAGACUCCAUUACGUACUCGUCUCGACUUUGUUUACUACUUUCGACGUGGGCCAUUUUGUCUUUGCCGUUUCUACUAAGAACUUUCUUGACUCACAGAAACAAAAACAUUCUCAGUGCUCCUCAGGUUAAAUAUUUGAGCAUUUAUUCUUAACUCAUUGGCUGCCAUUGACAAUGAUAGAUGUCCAAUCCACUCCCAACCCAAAUGGAUUGGAUCUCUAUCGCCGCCAAUGGACCGGCACACUAGUAGUCCAACUAUGUUACUUCUGAGACAGAACUGCACUAGAAUUGACGACAGAGCGUCUACUCGCGCAUGGACCUUGCCUUGGCUGGAUGUCAGGUGUUUCAUGGUGGAGCGUUAAAGGCAUUGUGGGAAAUGUUGCCUGAAAGGUUUUGGACCUACAGUACUUAUUAGUAUGUUCAUCAUUGUUUAUUUUCCUUACUCUAGAAAGCUGGACCUCUAACAUUUGGGAACAAAAAGUUUUUAGAAAGGAGUAGAUGGUUAGGGGUCAAAGUUUAGUGGCCUCCACAUGGUCAGUAUCGUUUUAGUCAAUAGAAAUUAAACAAUUUAUCGAUGUUGCAGCUUUACAUAUUUGUGAUUUGGCAUCGCCAAAUUUGCAUAUAUGAAUGGGAAGUGAUCUGGAAAUGCCCUAAACUCAAAGCAAGUGUCACAAUAGUUUUUCUUUCGACUAGCAUCAAAUCAUUCCCACAUAGUUUUGAUGUUAGUCUGCUCCUUAUUAAGUUUUUCAAGACUGGAGCAUCCAUUUUAAGUUUAAUUAGCUCAAUUAGCUUUUAGCAAAUGGGAUCAUACUGAAAAAUACAAUUAGAUUUUCCAAUAUUUUUCAUUACCUCAGCCCGUUUUCCUACUUCAAAUUUGACAGGUCCAUCUAUUCAUUUUCCAAAUCAGUCCGGCUGAUUGUCUUCUGAGAAGAUGACACCCCACACUGAAAAUACCUGGAUUGGAGCUUUUUAUAUGAGCACAAAAGCAAACAGAUGAAGGACAACUCUUACCUUUUAAUCACGUUGAGGUGACAAAAUGUGUUCUUGAGCUUUUAACACUGCUGCUAAGAGUUUAUUUUUCUAAACAGCUUCACUCAAGUGUUUGUAAUUGUUGUGUGCACUUGAAGGCUUUUGUACGCCAACGCCUCAUUGACAGCAAUUGGAAAUAAAAAGCAGUAUUUCGACUUUGAGCUUCUUUAACGCAACAUUACGUAGACACAUUCACUUCUAUGCUUGUAUUUUUCAGAUUCAAUUUUAUAGUUCUAUUUAUUUGACCCCUAUGAAAAAGAUUACUAUGCAAUUGUUUUUGCAUACAUCCAUUUCUACAUGUAUUUUAUAUUUUUUAAUUUUUUUAUUUAUUUAAAAAAAUUUUUAUUAUUUAACUUUUUUAAGGAAUUUGGCAAUUUGUUGACAAAAUGCUAGUUUGUUAUUGGCCUUGUUUUCCAAAAUGUAUUUUUUUUUUGUUUAGAUAAUUGGAUUUGGUUGUUUUACCACUAUAAUGAAAAAAAGUUACAAAUUUAUGCUGUGUGUAUUUAUAUGAAUGUUAAAUACAAUAAUCUGGACACCUUGGGAAAUUUUGUUUUUUUUUUUGUGCAAUUUAAUGAAAUGUAUC